AUGCGACGAGCGAGGAGAACCCUCGCGUCGUCCACGUGGCGUUCGAUCCGCUCUUGGCAGAGGUGGAGCAGCAGCACGACGACCGCGCGUGUGAGCGGCGGCUACGCGCGCCUGCACGGCGCGCGGAAGCCGUUCCGCGUACACUCCGACGACCCGCGGAAGCGCCACCUGCACGGCGAAGGCGUGGGCGUGGGGGACGAGGAGGCGGACGACGGGACGCUAGAGGGGAGCGAGCUGGCGGGGUUUGAGGAGGAGCGCGCGCGAUACAGAGAGGAGGGCGCGCGGAUGAUGAGAUGUGAGGGCGAGCUGGAUGGGCAACACCACGUGUUCACUCAAGGCGACUUGAGGCACGACCACUUGAGCCUCUCCUUUCCCGCCGCCUCUCCCCUUUUGGCUCUCCACUCAACCCCCAACGACAUUUUCCCCCACCCUUUCCCCAUACUUCCCCCACACUUCUACCAGCUCGCCACGUGGCUGCUGGUAGUGGAGCGGACGGCAAGCCGGCACCGCAUGCGGCGGGAGAUGAAGGCGGCAAACGGCGAUGGGGACGGCAGGUAG